AUGGUUUUACCAAGAUUAUUUAAUGCUACUUCACGUACCGCAGUGAAUGCAGCUAGAUCAUCCAGAGCAUUGGCCACUGCUGCUGCUAAACACGCCCACGGUAAAGUUAGAGCCGUUAUUGGUGCCGUUGUCGAUGUCCAAUUCCCAAAUGAAGACUUGCCAGCUAUUUUGAACGCUUUGACCUUGAAGAAUGGUGACCAAGACUUGGUCUUGGAAGUUGCUCAACACUUGGGUGAAAACACCGUUAGAGCCAUUGCUAUGGAUGGUACUGAAGGUUUAGUCAGAGGUACCGAAGUCACUGACACUGGUGCUCCAAUCUCUGUCCCAGUUGGUAGAGGUACUUUGGGUAGAAUUAUCAAUGUCACUGGUGACCCAAUUGAUGACAGAGGUCCAAUUGAAUGUAAGAAGAGAAACCCAAUUCACGCUGAGCCACCUUCAUUCAUUGAACAAUCCACUGCUGCUGAAGUUUUGGAAACCGGUAUUAAGGUUGUCGACUUGUUGGCUCCAUACGCCAGAGGUGGUAAGAUUGGUUUGUUCGGUGGUGCCGGUGUCGGUAAGACUGUGUUCAUCCAAGAGUUGAUUAACAACAUUGCCAAGGCACACGGUGGUUUCUCUGUCUUUACCGGUGUCGGUGAAAGAACCAGAGAAGGUAACGAUUUGUACCGUGAAAUGAAGGAAACCGGUGUCAUCAACUUGGAAGGUGACUCCAAGGUCGCCUUGGUUUUCGGUCAAAUGAACGAACCACCAGGAGCUAGAGCUAGAGUUGCUUUGACUGGUUUGACCAUUGCUGAAUACUUUAGAGAUGAAGAAGGUCAAGAUGUCUUGUUGUUCAUUGACAACAUUUUCAGAUUCACCCAAGCUGGUUCAGAAGUGUCUGCUUUGUUGGGUCGUAUUCCAUCCGCUGUCGGUUACCAACCAACCUUGGCCACCGAUAUGGGUCUCUUGCAAGAACGUAUUACCACUACCAAGAAGGGUUCAGUUACCUCUGUCCAAGCCGUUUACGUGCCAGCAGAUGAUUUGACCGAUCCUGCUCCAGCCACCACCUUUGCUCACUUGGAUGCCACUACUGUGUUGUCUAGAGGUAUUUCAGAAUUGGGUAUCUACCCAGCUGUCGAUCCAUUGGACUCCAAGUCAAGAUUGUUGGAUGCUGCCGUUGUCGGUCAAGAGCACUAUGACGUUGCCACUGGUGUCCAACAAACCUUGCAAGCUUACAAGUCCUUGCAAGAUAUCAUUGCUAUCUUGGGUAUGGAUGAAUUGUCAGAAGCUGACAAAUUGACCGUCGAGAGAGCUCGUAAGAUUCAAAGAUUCUUGUCACAACCAUUCGCUGUCGCCGAGGUCUUCACUGGUAUUUCCGGUAAAUUGGUGAGAUUGUCCGAAACCGUCAAGUCAUUCAAGGAAGUUUUGGAAGGUAAGUACGACCACUUGCCAGAAAACGCUUUCUAUAUGGUUGGUGGUAUCGAAGAUGCUGUCGCUAAGGCUGACAAGAUGGCUGCUGAAGCUAAAUAA